UUGGUGGCUUGUUGGUCGCUUCAUGCUCAGUGGUUGAUAGUUGACACCUCGUGCAAUUAUUUACAAAAAUGGAGAAGCUCUUCCUCCUUAUCUUGGCUUGCCUCCUCUCUCUGUCUAACGGAGACUGUAAUACUUGUUGUGCUAAGUCAGCUGGCAUCGCUAGGCCACAAAUUGACUAUGUUCAGUUGACAGUACAGAAUGCUAAAGGAUACUGCAAUCUUCACAAUUGUGAUGCCUCUAACUUUAAUGGCUGGACAAUUCAUGGCUUAUGGCCAUCACAAAAGGGACAAAUGGGACCCAAUAGUUGCAACUCUUCAGCUCACUUUGAUGAGUCUGCUUUGACUGACCUCACUCAAAAGAUGAAUCAAGAAUGGCCGACACUUUAUGGUGGAGAUUCCACUAGCUUCUGGUCACAUGAAUGGUGCAAGCACGGCACAUGUGCUAUGAAUGCUCCUAGCAUGACCACGAUAGAUUCAAUGAUAGCAUACUUCACUACUGCUCUGACAAUGUUUGAGACUCUAAAUAUCGACAGUUCCCUAUCCAGUGCUGGUGUAACCCACUCUAAUGAAUACAACCUUGCAAAAUUCAAUGUUUUCGACAAGCUGCCAGCUUUCGAAUGCACAAGAAAAGGAGACAGCCAAGUCUUGUUUCAAGCUCGUUUUUGUUUCACAACUGAUCUUGAAGCAGUUGAUUGUGAUAUGGACUGGUUUGCUUCUAUUCAGCCUUGUGAUGAGUCUAUUGUUGUGAACUAUCUGUAAGCUGGAAAAACUUAACAUUUAGCUUAGGAUAUUUUAAUUAUUUAACUAAAUAUUAGUUACUAUUAAUUUAACUGAAUAUUAUUAUUAAAAUUGGUUUGAUAAAUCUUUCAUGAUAUGGA